AUGGGGUUAUCGGAAGCUGAACUAGUAUUGUAUGCAAUUAUAUUCCUAUGUAUAUUUGAGAAUCUUUUCGAAAUUUAUAUAUCCUUGAGACAGGUCAAGGUCUACAAAACAGCCAAGAAUGUACCCGCCGAACUUAAAGAUCACAUGAACGACGAAACAUUUAACAAAGCUCGUGUUUAUGGCUUGGAUAGAGAACAAUUUGGCAUUUUCAAAAGCUUUCUGCUCGAUGUAAUUGUCAUCCCCUUGGAACUGUAUUUCGGUAUUAUUUCCCUAUUCUGGCAGACAUCAUUGGAUCUGGUGGCCAAAUUCAAUUUUGAUGUUAACAAUGAAAUACUUGUCAGCUGUGUAUUUGUUGUUGUCAUUGGCUUGUACGGUUAUGUUAAGGAGCUGGCCUUCAAAGUGUAUGGUACCUUUGUGCUGGAAGAAAAACAUGGUUUCAACAAACAAACUCCCGGCUUCUUUGUAUGGGAUCAAAUAAAAGGACUGCUAGUGAGCAACAUCCUCACUGUUCUACUGUCAUCGGCUGUUGUCUUCAUUGUCCAAUGGGGUGGAGAGUAUUUCUUCAUUUAUUUGUGGGCAUUUGCUGGUAUCAUAUCGUUGGUAUUGCUAACCAUUUAUCCCAUCUUUAUUGCACCAUUGUUCGAUAAAUACACACCAUUGGAAGAAGGAGAGUUGAGAACUGCCAUUGAGAAAUUGGCUGCAUCAUUGAAAUUCCCCCUUACCAAAUUGUAUGUUGUUGAAGGAUCCAAACGUUCAUCGCACAGUAAUGCCUACUUUUAUGGUUUAUGGAAUUCCAAACGCAUUGUACUCUUCGACACUCUUCUGCUGAACAAGGGAAAGAAGGAUAACACUGAGGUUAAAGAAGAAGACAAAGGCAAGGGAUGUACAGAUGAAGAAGUUGUUGCUGUUUUGGGUCAUGAGUUGGGUCACUGGAAAUUGGGUCAUGUCACCAAGAACAUUGUCAUUAUGCAAGUUAACCUCUUGCUAUUGUUCUUUGUCUUCAAUUAUUGCUUCAAAUAUGCUCCCUUCUACGAGGCAUUGGGCUUUGCACCCGGAGUACGUCCCAUUCUGGUUGGCCUCUUCAUUGUCUUGACCUAUGUUAUGGCACCCUACAAUGCUAUUUUAGGAUUUGCCCUUACAAUGCUAUCCAGACGUUUUGAAUAUCAAGCCGAUGAGUUUGCCCAGAAGUUAGGCUACGCUAAACUAUUGCAAAAAGCAUUGAUCAAAUUGAAUUUGGAUAAUUUGGGCUUCCCCGUACACGAUUGGCUAUAUUCUUCCUGGAAUCAUUCCCAUCCCACUUUGUUGCAACGUAUGAAUCGACUAAAAGAAUUGGAAGCCAAAGACAAGAAAAGCCAGUAAAGGAGUUGA